GUAAUGGGGGAACUUCAUAUGCAUAUCCGGGAAGACCAUGGAGACCUUUUGCAAGAGUGGUUUUUGCAUUCACUUUCAUGGAUCAAUGUAUAAAGCCUGCGGGGUGGAAUAAUUGGGGCAAAGUUGAGAAUGAAAGAACUUCUUGCUUCUAUGAAUACGAGCAAUCAUUUCUAACUCCAUUCACUUCUAAAUUUACCAGCCAAGCCUUCCAGCUCGCGCCUGCAGUGGAUUUGCCCUUGCUCGACAUGCCCAAAUCGCCACCGUGCACCAUCCACGACCGCACCACCACGUGGAAUCUUGUAACCACCUCUCAGUGA